AUGGCUUCCACUCCAUACCUCCACGGCCACCACGCCUCUGUAUUGCGAUCCCAUAGUUGGCGGACGGUCGAAAACUCCUGCCCACAUCUUCUUCCAUAUCUCAACAACCCUUCGCUCAAUAUUCUCGAUGUGGGCUGUGGUCCCGGCACAAUCACGGUAGACCUUGCUUCCCGCGUUCCUCAAGGCUUCGUCUACGCCAUCGACCCAUCCGCCGAAGUCAUCGAGAAGGCAAGGAAACAUGCUGCAGACCAAGGGAUUACAAAUGUACGGUUUGAGGUGGGGGACAUCUUCAGCUGGGACAGGUUGGAUGGGGUCGAACAGGCAGGCUUCGAUAUCGUCCACGCGCAUCAAGUGCUACAGCAUCUACGGGACCCGCUCGGGGCAACCAAAGAGAUGAAGCGACUCGUUAAGCCUGGCGGUGUCCUCGCUGUUCGUGACUGCGACUAUUCUGCCAUGAAUUGGUACCCCGAACACCCUGGUAUGCAAAAAUGGAAAGAUCUAUACACCAAAGUGGCACUGGGGCUGAAAGCUCACCCAAACAUUGGGAAGCGACUGCAUGCUGUAGCUAUGGAGGCUGGCUUCCCGAGAAGCGAUAUCGACGCUAGUGUAGGAGCAUGGACUUUUAGUACGCCGGAGGAGAGGGAAUUUUGGUGCCAAUUGUGGGCCGAGAGGACAGUUAAGAGUGACUACAAACAGAGGGCGCUAGAAAGUGGAUUUGCAACUGAGCAGGAUCUUGAAGAGAUAGCUGCGACGUGGAGAGAGAUGGAGAAGAAAGAGGACGGAUGGUUCGCAGUUAUCAACGGGCAGAUAAUCUGUCAUGUCAGGUGGGCUGCUGACUGCUAA